ACGUUAUUGGGAAACUGGUGUGAUGAUUUUCUUGCGAUUUGGAUUAUGCAUUAUAUUACAAUUUUCUUGAAAAUUUCUAACCUAAUACCUAACAGAGGAAGUGGACACAAUAAAGAUGGGCAUUUGAAAACAAUUUAACUUUUUUUUGUUCUAACACCUACGUUAGCUAAAUUUUUAUCAGUAUUAUUGCUGAAUUUGAAAUUAAUGCAUUUUCGCAGUUUAACCCUCAGUUAUGAUAAGCCUUACCAUAGAUACUUUUUGAGUGUGAUAAUAAGUGAUGUCAACUGGACAAUAUAUUUUACUGCCCACAAUGGAAUACAAUGAAGAGGAAGAUAACAUUGAAAAUACUAAAAGAAGUAGUAAAGAAAAUUUGCCGUCAGAACAUACGACAUUAUCUCCAUCCAAUGAAGCAUACUAUGCUGACAACCGAGUUUUAAUUCCUGACAUAGAUACAGAUAGAUUUAGUUGGACAAAAUUAUGGGCAUUUACAGGCCCUGGUUUUUUGAUGAGCAUCGCUUACUUGGACCCAGGAAAUGUUCAGUCUGACCUUCAAUCUGGGACGAUCGCCAAAUACAAACUAUUAUGGCUGCUGAUGAGUGCUACGAUAUUGGGGUUGGUGAUGCAAAGACUGGCAGCCAGGCUGGGGGUAGUUACAGGGUUACACUUAGCAGAAAUGUGCUACCGCCAAUACCGUACAGUGCCAAGAAUCUUCCUCUGGCUAAUGAUAGAGGUAGCCAUCAUCGGCUCUGACAUGCAAGAAGUCAUCGGCACGGCCAUUGCCCUCUAUCUACUGUCCAACAAGUUGAUUCCGCUUUGGCUUGGUGUUUUGAUCACUGCCAUUGACACAUUCUCAUUUCUUCUUCUGGACAGAUAUGGGCUCAGAAAGUUAGAACUGUUUUUUGGCUUCCUUAUCACUGUGAUGGCAGUUUCAUUUGGCUAUGAGUUCCUAGUAGUGAAACCUGAAGCGAGUCAAAUCCUGAAGGGCCUGGUGAUCCCCUGGUGCGAGGACUGUGACUACCGGGCAUUGUUGCAAGCGGUGGGCAUAAUUGGUGCAGUUAUCAUGCCUCACAAUCUGUACCUGCACUCUGGGCUGGUUAAGUCCAGAGAUAUUGACAGAACAAAGCCUUCUAAAGUGAGAGAAGCAAAUCUGUACUACUUUGUGGAAAGCACCAUAGCUCUUGCUGUCUCCCUCGUUAUCAAUGUAUUUAUCGUAGCUGUGUUUGCUCAUGGGAUGUAUAACAAGACCAACCAGGAUGUAAAAGAAGUCUGUGAAAUAAACCAUAAUCAACACAGUGAUAUCUUUCCAAACAACACCGAUCUAGUGGAUGUGGAUAUCUUCAAAGGCGGAGUGUUCCUGGGGUGUCAGUUUGGUAUUCUGGCCAUGUACAUCUGGGCAAUCGGUAUUCUUGCCGCAGGUCAGAGCAGUACCAUGACCGGCUGCUAUGCCGGGCAGUUCUGUAUGGAGGGAUUCUUAAACCUGACUUGGACGAGAUGGAAGAGAGUUUUAUUUACAAGAGCUGUUGCAAUAGUCCCAACAUUCUUUGUGGCUUUCUACAACAACAUGGCUGAUCUAAGCGGCAUGAAUGACAUGUUGAAUGCCAUAAUGAGUCUUCAGCUGCCAUUCGCCACCAUACCUACGAUAGCUUUCACAAGCAACCCUCACAUCAUGGGAGAGUUUGUCAAUGGAUGGCUAAACAAGUUAAUUUCAAUUUUACUAUCCUUGCUUGUAAUAGGCAUAAAUGUGUUCUUCGUGGUUGAUUCGGUCUUAAGAUCGAUGACAGACAACUACAUUUUGCUGAUUGGACUUGGACUGUACUCAAUAAUCUAUCUCAGUAUGUGUCUGUACUUGAUGCUGCAUAUGAUCAUGAGCAUGGGAGGAUGCAAGAAUAUAGCCAAUAGUUCUCCUGUUGUGUCAAGUGAGGUAUCAGAUAAAGUAGGCCGGCAGAAUUGUGUUCAUGUCGAAGAACCGACAACAAACUCAGAGUUAUCUGUAAAAUAUUUUGGAAACAAGUUCUCGUCAAAUUUUCAAUUGGAAACAGAUACAGCAUUCUUAUCAAGGCAUGUUCCCAAAUAUACAGUUAACAACGAGUUUGACAAUGCCAAGCUUUAACCUCACCUUCUCGGAGGAAGGUUUGCGACUGAUAAAUAUCAAGUGCCUAGUAGAUAUUUGACCGUUUGUCCUCGAAUUAUUUUGUAUAUGUGUAUUAUUAUAUAGUGUAGGUAGUCAAUGGUAUAAUUUAACUGCAUAGCAACCAAAUAGUAUUUGAAAUCGUUGAAAGUUAAAGCUAAAAGCAUUUUUGUUGUUAUGAAAUAAUUUUAGUAGUGCAAUUGAAAUUAAGGAAAGAAGAAGACUUACUAAAUAAAUUAGAAAGGGGAGAUAGAGUGAAAGUAAAAAAGCAUCCUCUGAAACAGUAACACAUAUAUUGGAUUACAUUCUAAUUUGAGUAAAGAAGAGGAGUUUAAUUAUAUAGAGGGCGUAUCAAAGAACUUCUUAAUGUAAUCAAAGUUUAUUCACUCUCAUUAAAAAAAGAAACAUCAGUAUUUACUGAUAAUCUUUGUUAAUACGUCUAUAAAUGGCUUUAUGAGUGUAUUUUAAAGACUCACCAGAGAUAAAUAAAAAUAAAACUAACCAAAGUGAAUUGUUGGGCUAUUUGAUCUGCAGAAUUGUUAAAGAAUAUUUUAAUUAAAUAGCAUUUUUAGUUCAUUAAAAAAAUCUUUUUCACAAUCAGUUUUUGCCUAAUGUCCUCAACAAAAAUGUUUAGUAAUUUCUGUUUUAAAUUGUAUAAAUACAAACUCUCAGAACAAUAUACUUGCAGUAAUUGUGAAAAUAGUAUAUUAUAAUUUACUUACGUGGAAUAUAAAAAAGAAAAUGGCAUUCUAGCAAACAGCAAUUUUACAAAAAUGACAUUUUUCUUUCCUGCGAUUUAAAAAUACUAUUCUAUUUUCUAUGUGUAUAUUUAUAUUAAUUUUUAAGAUUAAAUUUUAUUUUAAAAUGUUAUAUAUUUAAAUAUGAAUUCAUACCAGUUACAGGGCUGUAAAUAAAUGUUUGAUAUUUUAUUUGAUCUCAUUUUUGUACACCUAAUGAUGACAUCACAUUUCUAAUUCAUUUUCCUCACUGAGAUUUGUUUCUGUGUAUUUUUUUGCUACCUAUAACUUUGAUCGAAACAGAAAUUUUGUUUACAGGUAUUUUGUUACAAACAUUAUUCAUAAGAAGGUAACUAUUAAAUGUUCAACUAAGAUAUGAAGAAAUAAGGUAGCAAAUUGUAAAUUAGAUGUACUUACAAGCUAAUUUUACAAAUAAAAUAAUGUCUCUUUUUCUUUAGGAGAAAAUAAUAUUAUUGUACAGGUAUUUGAUAACAAUUGUGUAAAGAUGUGGCUGUUACAAAUUGUAGUUUUUUUUAAGCAGAUGUUAUUUUAAUAUAUAAUUAUAGCAUUGUGAAAACAAUAAAGCAGUAAAAUUAU